AUGUGUGUGAAUGGAUACACUUCUUUGUACAAGCUGGCUCCUUUCUCUGCUCAGUGUGUGCGGAGGGCUGUUGAGGAGGCUGCAGAAAAGCUCCCGGCGCAGCAACAGGAGGCGCUCCACCAUUACCUGGCCAUCAGCGCUGGUGCGGUCCGGCCGCAGGAUGUCGUCGACGCAGCUCUGCUGCUGGAAUCAUUAGUCAGCACUUCUGCAGACGAGACUUCCUCGGCCACAAGCUGUGCCGCUGGACCAUCUGGGAAGAGCUUCGCUGAGUUCGUGGAGAGAUUUCCUGUUUCGCCGGAGGGUCAGCCGCCAUCCAAGAAGCAGCGCGUCGAAUCAGGCUUUCCAGAUGACCGCGUUUUUUACGAUAAGUGGCGGAUUACCCAGUAUGCCCAGAGAGAGCAAUAUCUGCUGUCACAUUUCACAGUCCGCAAGCCUUCGGCCGCAAAGGUGGCACGGCUUAUCGCACAGGAGGGAUGGAAGGUCAACUGUCCCAAGCCGGAGGACAUCGAACGGCUGUGGACACCACCUUCGAAGGCAGCAGUUGAAGAUGACAAGUUCAUCAUUCGCUGUGUGUCUGAGCAGAACUGGUCGGGCAUGGCCAUAAAAGACUUUGGUGACGAGCGUGGUUUUGGAGUCGUGGCAACUCAGACUUUUUCAAAGAACGACAUUGUUUGCGACUGCCACGGCAAGGUCAUCCCAGCUGCACAAGGGAGGGCGAUGGUGCAGGCCCAGCAUGACGAGGCCGGGUACAUGUUCUUCUUUAAAGCCGGACAGAGAGAUCUCUGCGUCGACGCCCAGACCUUUCCGUGCGAGUGCCACCCUGGCAAAGACACCGUUGGGAGGAGGAUAAACCACUCCACAAAAGCGCCCAACCUGAAGCCCUUUCACUGCAGGUUACGUGUGAAUGGGGAGGACAAGGAUGUCAUCCUCUUCAGGGCACUGAAGGACAUCAGUGUGGGCGUUGAACUACGGUUCGACUACGGGGUCAAAAGGAAGUCCUUCCGUGGAGAGGGCCUACACCUGGACUGGCUGGAUGGUUGAGAAGGCCUUCAUCAGGCUGGAGUGGCUGGACUUUUGAUUCCUGUUUUAAGGACUAGAUUUUGCUGGACUCUCACAGACCAUUUGUGUCACAUUUUAUGACACUGGGAACUGUGUAUGAACUAUCAACGUUUUAUUUGUCAACUGUGAGCUCGCGAAUGAACUAUAGAUGUCUAGACAAAAUUGGGAGCUUGCGUAUGGACUUGAUGUUCAUGUAAAAGGAGCCUCAAUAGCGUCUAAACAUUGUAGUUUCAUGUAAAUGGAGCCUCAGUGUGACCAAUGAAAUAAUUGAGUUUGAUCUACAUCCUGGAGCUGGAUUGGUUCUCUGACAACCCGGACUUUUUCAGACUGUGAUUUUGCCUGACGUCUGCUUGCCUCUCACAGACCAUGUGUGACAAAUUUAAAUGGAGCCUCAUUGUGAACUGACAACCCAGACAGACUGUAUUCAGGAUUUUGAAUAGGGCGCCACGCACUCUACCCGGGCAUCCCAGGACAGUGUCUCCUUCCAUCGUCGGCUCCUCAGAGCUCCUUGAGGGAUGCUGAGAGCGAGCCAGAACGGGAGAACCAUUUCCAUAAAGUUACGCAUCUCUUUAACCAUUCAUUCACAUAUUGCUCACCUUUUAUACUACUGCUGAAUCAGAUCAAAUGCAUUAAUAUUAUGAACAGCAGCUAUGCUAAUUAUUUCCCAUCUGCCUUUCUGCUGUUAUCUCGGGAAGCUUG